ACUUUCUGAAAAUAAAAAAAUGCAAAAUGUCAAUUUUUGGGUUAUGUUUACAAUUUAUACAAGAUUAGCCUAAUAGUCUUUGCGCAAAAACUAUAUGAUAGUUUUAAUUCUAUGAUGAAACAAAUUUAGGGUCUAAUAACAGUGAUUAUUCGAUUUAAUACAUUGAAAGGGAUAACAUUAUGAAAUGAAAAUGCCAACUCGUGCUGAGCCAAGAUUAACUCAUUCAGGUUACGAAUCAUCAAUUAGUUGGACAGACGAUCUACCUGUUUGCAAACAAUCUGGGGUCGGAUAUUCUACAAAUCAAGUAUACCGCGAAGAUGGGCACAGACGUGAAGACCACCCUUUUGAAGAUGCAAGCAUACAUUGUCGUUUGAACGACACUUGUCUGUAUGGUGUGUUCGAUGGCCACAAUGGAGCUCAAACGGCAGCAUUUGCUCUACAGAGUUUGGCUUCAGAGAUCCUGUUUGAUCCCAAACUUCAAACUAAGACAACUGAUGAUGAAGUGAGAGAAUUCUUAAGACAAGCUUUCGUUGCUGUUGAAAGGAGCUACUUGAAGUCUUUUGACGAUAAAUUAGCUGAACGUACAAGUCUGUCGUACGAAAUACCCGAUGGAUUGAAAGUCUAUGAAGCCUACCAGAAAUAUCCAGAAAUUGUGAACAAGUUGAACGCGAUCAACAACGAACUGUCGUGCGGCACAACGGCAGUGAUCGCGCUGGUGCUGAACCAGCAGCUGUUCGUGGCGAACGUGGGCGACAGUCGCGCGCUGCUCUGCAAGACCGACAGCAAUGGAGUGCUGCGCGUCAUCCAGCUCAGUGUCGACCACGACCUCUCCAACGAGGACGAGCUGCUCAGGCUCUACAACCUCGGACUGCCGUUCGAGAAGGUCGCUCAUGGAUACCGACUAGGAAAUCAAGAAAACACUCGCUGUCUGGGCAAUUAUCUGGUGAAGGGAGCUUACAAAGAGUUCGAAGAACUUGCGCAGGCGUCAUCCGAGCCUAUCACUGCUGAACCCGAAAUACAUGGCGGAAUACUGUUGGAUGAGUCAUGCAGAUUUCUGCUUCUGAUGUCAGAUGGCCUGUAUAGAUCGUUGGAAGCCACUGGCAUUGAGCAUGAUCAAGUGAAUAAGGAAAUCGCUCAGAUGGUAACAACUGAGUUUAGAGUGCAGACGACACUGAUGGGGGUGGCGCAGGCGGUGGUGGACAGGGUGGUACGCAGACAUCACGAUAUGUUCAUGAGUGGUGAGGCGGGGGCGGGGGCAGUGGGGGGGCAGGGCAUCAGGGAUGACAUCACUCUGCUGGUGCGCAACUUCAACUUCCCCCUCCCCAAUGCACACACCCAUGCACCCAAUGUGCCCCCUACCCCCACCACCAAUGUGCCCUGGUUCGUCGACCAGGCCAGUCGCGUGGUCAGCGGUCAGGCCGAGGAUGAUGGUGCAAAACGUCAACCGAGUGACACAAAUACUUCGACAGCUACUUCUACCACAACCACAUCCACAGUUCCACCUACUAAUCAACCUCAACUCAUCAAGCCUUACGUCGACUUUUCAGAAUUUUUCAGAAAUGUGGAAAAAGCAAAGUUGGAAGGAUGCUUACCUGAAGAUAUCGAAUUCUAAUUCUGUCUUCUUUUGUUAUAUAUACUGAAUAAAAAGACUAGAAGUUGUCCAACCAGAUUUAUUAAAAAACGAGUUAUCGGUUUUGGUUGUCACACCAAAUUCAAAUAUAUUUUGUCAAUCAAACAAAUUGUAAAUAUUACAAUGAAACUCAUACAGAAAACUCCCUCAUACAUAAAAAAGGAAAUAAAAUGACAUUAGAAUAGUUAAUCAAAAUGUAUAAAUAACAAUGAAUACACUUACAAACUUACAUUGUAAUCGGAAAUUUCCGAUAGAUGGGCUAUCUUCCUCGGCAAUACUUGUAUUACAAAUGGUUUGUCAAAUUCCAGUGAGCGCAGAAAUAUAGGAUAUAAAAUGAAAAAGCAGUAUCAAUAUGUGGUGAACUGUUUACCAGAGAUUGAAUGGUGUUAACAGCCGAAACCGGAAUCCGUUAUUUUAUAAAUCUGUGAUUCGACAACUUUUAGUAUUUUUAUUCAGUAUCUACUACUACCACAAUAUCACCUUCACAACUACCUACUGAAAAUGUUUUGUCAUAUACAGUACUAUUACUUUGAACAUUAGAACCACUCCUAUUGGUGCUUCAACAGAGAAUGAUGAUUAUAUUGGGUAACUGCAAUAUUCAACUUGGAUGUUCCAACUAGAUUCACAAAGAUAGGAACUAAGAAUAGUUUCUGAAAAUAAAGCAAUGUGGAAGGCCUGCUGUGGAGGCACUAAAAAGUAAAUUCGUUUGGCUUUUGUUGGUGGGGAGUCCCUUGCGGGAAGGUCCCACCGCCUGAAUAUAUAAUUUAAGCCGUCAACGGGCCUUACGACUGUCAUACUUCAGCCGGGACCGACAGUUUAAUGUGGUUAAUAGAUCUAAGAUUAGGUUUAAUAACUUGGGAUAAUACCAUCACAUACGCCUACAAUUUGUAUUUUUGAGACAUUUGACCUAAUAAUGAAAGUUACCAAAUUGAAAGUUUUGAACUAUUGAAUAAAAUCACAAAAUAAUAAUUAUAAGUCUUGGACUUACUCUGUUUUUGCUUCCCAUAGUGCUGAUUUAAAAAAAUAAUAUAAUAAAAAUUGAUUUCGAAA